AUGAAUAAAGUCUCUUUCUCAGGCUCGGACUAUCUGGUGUGUGAAAUUGAGAAUGGAGGAACUCUGGGUAGUAAGAAGGGUGUCAAUCUGCCGGGUGCUGCAGUCGACCUGCCCGCCGUGUCAGAGAAAGACGUCAAGGACCUGCUGUUCGGCGUGGAGAUGGGAGUCGACAUGAUCUUUGCCUCCUUCAUCCGCAAGGCAUCUGAUGUGCACGAGGUGCGUAAGGUGCUGGGAGAGAAGGGCAAGAACAUCAAGAUCAUCAGCAAGCUGGAGAACCACGAGGGUGUGCGCAGGUUUGAUGAGAUCAUGGAGGCCAGCGAUGGCAUCAUGGUUGCCCGUGGAGACCUGGGUAUUGAAAUCCCCACAGAAAAGGUGUUUCUGGCCCAGAAGAUGAUGAUUGGUCGCUGUAACAAAGCAGGAAAGCCAAUCAUCUGUGCCACACAGAUGUUGGAGAGCAUGAUCAAGAAGCCUCGCCCUACUCGUGCCGAGGGCAGCGAUGUGGCCAACGCCGUUCUGGAUGGUGCCGACUGCAUCAUGCUGAGUGGAGAGACCGCAAAGGGAGACUAUCCUCUGGAGGCCGUACGCACCCAGCACAUGGUGAGAGCGCCCCCUACUGACACACCUGUAAUUAAUAUUAAUUUGUACCGCGGCAUCUUCCCUGUGUUCUACAACAAUCCUGGCAACGAUGUUUGGGCCGAGGAUGUGGACCUGAGGGUCAAUUUUGCCAUGGAAGUUGGUAAGGCUCGUGGGUUCGUCAAGCCCGGUGAUGUGGUGAUCGUCCUGACCGGCUGGCGUCCAGGAUCCGGUUACACCAACACCAUGCGUGUCGUCCCAGUGCAGUAAGCUGGACAGGACCGCAGCUGUUCAUACAGCACUCCCUUCCCUCCAUCGCAUCCCACCCGACUCCAGCAGGCUUUCAGACCAUCAUCUUCAUCAUCACGAGCCUGGCUCCUCCCACAGACCUGUGGACCAUCAUCACUUAGACGUUUUGUUCUCACUACUUUCAUUUCCUUUUCAGUCUCGAGCAUAAUCUCACACUCAUGUGCUCGUCUGUCUGCAUGCCCGGUGAAGCACAGACGGGUCGUGAGCGCCGAGCGAACACCUUUGCCCUUGAACAAACAGCAGCUUCCUGAAACAAGCAUGUGGCAAAGGGCUAAGGCGUACUGUAACUCUAGUUAGUUUUAUUUGUAGUGUUAGUCUGUCCCGUGUGCUUUAUUUGCACUGUCUCUUUGUUCACACUCCUAAUGAUGUUACAUUCUGUGUUGCACUUGUCCUUGAGACCAUUUGAUUUGGGGCGAGGCGACCAAUGUGCUAUAUAUUUUUUGAAAUGUUAACGUUGGGAUGUCCACGUCCAGCUCAUUUCAUUGUGUUUUAUUGGAGUAAGAGAACGGCAGAGUUUCUGAGAGAUGAAGAUCGAUUGAGCAGCCUCGGUCACAUUCCCAGCAUCCACCUCUCCUGUUCAUCACCUCACGACGCACUCGUCCGUCUCUGCUGCUCCUGAAUGUGUGUGAGAGAGAGAGUGAGUGUGUGUUCAGAUCUACCUGCUUUGUGUCGCUAGGGUGCAAGAUGUACUUAUAACUGUAAGAGUAAACUAUACUAUCAUUGUUGUAUUAUUCAAGACUGAAUUAAUAAAGCAAGAUGAGCACCUG